AUGCGUCAAGGGGACCCUAUUUCUCCUUUUCUUUUUGUCAUUGUUGUGGAAGCUCUAUCUUGUAUGAUUAGAAAGGCUUGUGAUUUGGGUUUAUUGAAAGGUGUUACUCUUCCUAACGAUGGCCCUAAUGUUUCUCACCUUUUUUACGCUGACGACGCUAUCAUCAUGGGGGAAUGGAGUAAGGAAAAUAUUCUAAAUGUUGUGAGAAUUCUUAAGUGCUUUUAUGCGUGUUCCGGUCUUCAUAUAAACUUUGUCAAGUCUAAUCUUUUUGGGCUUGGGUUGAACAUGGGGGAAGUCGACGUUAUGGCUGAGGUGGUUGGUUGUAGAGCAGCGGCCCUCCCUUUCAAAUAUCUGGGCUUAACUAUCGGGGCCAAUAUGAAUCUUAUUUCUAACUGGAGACCGGUUUUCGAUAUUUUCGAGAAACGCCUAGCCCUUUGGAAAGCUUCUUUUCUGUAUAUAGGUGGUAGAGUGACUCUAAUUCGGUCUGUUUUGGAGAGUCUUCCCACCUAUUUUUUUCUCUAUAUCGGGCCCUGA